UUUUUCUGGUUUCUUCUUUUUCCUCUCUUUGGAUUUUCCGUUUUGGAUGGCCUCCAGCUUGGCCUGGCACUGAAACCUCCGGCUGAUUUUUGUGUGUGUGCAGAGGGGGAAGCAUGAAGGGAGAGGGACUGUGCAAAAGAAGGCGGGGGGGGAAAGUACUGCAGGAUUUCAUCUCCUUUCAGCGUGUUGCUGUCCUGUGAAAGUCUGGAGCCAGACAGCGGCGUGGGACUGCACACCAAAAAGGACUUCAACAUUCAGGAAUGAGCAGAAAGUGCUACAGAGGGAUUUGGGGCUGGAAGCUGGGCGUGCAGGGGAAUGAGCUCAGAGGCCUGGAGCUCCCGGUGCUUGGGAUUACGGCUCUGACGGCAGAGUAAUCACCCUUGGGACUGAACCAGAGCAGUCGGGCAUAGUGGAAGCCGUUGGACACUUCUUUGCAGGGCUCCCAGCAAGUCACUGGUGGCAGCAGCGAGAUCCCAGCUCCCAGGAAUGAGGUACCAUCAAAGAGCCCCCAGCCCCAUCAGAAACCUCCACCCCUGAAGACGCCAUCCUUGGGUUUCACGUUGUGCUGAGCCUCUGCCCUCACCCUGGCUGACUCUGCCCAUGAUGGCAUUGUGUCUCAAACAAGUCUUCAACAAAGACAAAACGUUUCGUCCUCGAAAGAAGUUUGAGCCAGGCACCCAGCGCUUUGAGCUGUACAAGAAAGCCCAGGCCUCCCUCAAGUCCGGGCUGGAUCUGAAAGCAGUAGUGCAGCUGCCUCCUGGCGAGAGCAUCAAUGACUGGAUUGCCGUGCACGUGGUGGACUUCUUCAACCGCAUCAACCUCAUCUAUGGCACCAUGUCAGAGUACUGCACAGAAAAGAGCUGCCCUAUCAUGUCUGGUGGACUCAAGUACGAGUACAGGUGGCAGGAUGAUAGCAAAUACAAGAAGCCAACCAAGCUGUCAGCCCCACAGUACAUGUGUAUGCUGAUGGACUGGAUUGAGAUGCUCAUUAACAACGAGGACAUCUUCCCCACCAGGAUAGAAAGAAAUGACAGAACGAAUUUGCCACUGAAGCAUUUUGGCAGACAAACUCCGCUGGCUCAUUCAGAGUCCGAUGGGACAAGACACCCUGUGGGGGGAGACCUCUUCCCAAGGACUCGCUCUGGGCAUUUUAACUCAGUGGACUCUGAAUGCUGCAGAAGAGCCUCUUCAGGCCAGGGCUGAACCCUAAACUUGCCAAGCACCUCUGGACAGAUGUUUUUUUCUAGCAGAUCUCAAUCUUAGAAAGCCACUGACUUACUGGAGAACGAGGCAAGUCUGGUUGACUUGUUCACACUCUGGUUUCGAAGACUCAAUCCCAUGUCUGAUAUCCCUUCAGCUACCUUUCCUCUUGUUUCAGCCUCAGCUACACUGAUCUGCAAAUGUUUUAUUAGUGAUUCCUGCCCUGUGAGCAGGUGUGACCUUGUCUACCAAGUAAUGCCUGUUACCCUUCCCACAUGCAGUGGGUUUGUAGUAACAUCAUCUGAGAUCAGCUCUGCAAAGCUGGUGAUUUGAUCCCAGCUGCCUUCCUGUGGUUAGUUGCUGAUGUUUUUUACCAUGAGUUAUGAAUGUCUCCCCUUCUGCCCUAAUUCAUACUUUACCAAAUGGACCAUUUUUUCCCCACAAGGGAUUUUUGACGCUUGGCAGAGGGAACAUCAUGAUGUUUGAAGAUGCGUCCAGCACUGCUUGGACAAGGUGGCCCCGUGACAGAGGAGGAGAACUAGGCCACUUUCCAGUGUGAUCAGCAGAGUCUACCCAGGAAAGACUCAGAAAGUGGUGGAAAGAAACUAUUGCCAGAAAACAACACUUUAAACAUGUCAGCAUUUCCUGACAUGUUAUUUUGUCUCAAGAUCAGUAGAUGCUGGCCGUAGAAAUUGUUGUUUUUUCAUUAUCCAAUCCUACAGCACAGUAAAUCAGGUGAAGAAGGACUUUAAGAGAUAUCUAAUCUAUCCUGUUCUUCAAAAAAGACAAGAUCAGUCCUUCUUAAACUUUUUUUACCUUUUGAAAGCGUACUAUUGCUACAUGGUCUGUGCCAUUAUUCCCCUGAAAGGUAUCACAUCUUAAAAUUUCUUCCCCAUCUGCCUGCAAUGCCUGAUAACUAGUGGUGUGUUCCCUGUGCCAUUUUUCUUUUGACAAGAGUUGAAGUGUUUUUAUUUUUUUUUUUACUCUUUUUGGGGAGUUAAAAUCAAGUUGUCUGAGCCACAGCAUUGUUAUGUUUGUGUUUCCUAUCCUUUUUCUGGGAAAGUUUUGUAUACCAGACAUAGCUGAUAUUUAUAAUCUGGGGUUUGACUAUUUUUGGGGUAGGGAGAUGAUGUGGCUAGAAAAUGUAAAUAUUUAGGCCAACAUUAAAGUGCACAAGUGAAUUUUUAGUGCUCAAGCACUUAUUCUGUUGUGAAAAUCUAUUUUUCUAAAUCUUGUGUACCAGAUGUAUAUUUUUACACAGAAAUAGAGCAAAAAUGGACAUAAAACCACCUGAUACAUCAUUCCAAUA